AUUUAUUUUUAAUAAAACAGUAUUACAGUUGAGUACAUACUUACCCUUUUGUAGUUUGUAUUCAUCUUGAUGUAAAGGCAAUAUUUCUACUUAAUAAGACGCGAUCAGUCCUUUUCAGGCUGGCCGUACAUGUAAAAAUGUCAUAAUUGCACGUGAAUAAUGGUUCUUUUGAUCAAACUGAAUAAAGUCAUGUCUAACAUGGCGUCAAUAUUGAAAAGCUUUGGUGACAACAUCAUAGGUAACGCUUGUAACAUUAGCCUAUCUUCUGAUGCUUGUAGUGCUCACCUUUUUUUAGAAACAAGUGUAAUUGAAAAGAUGAACAUCAAUUUCAAUUGCCCUGAUUGCCAAAGUCAAUCUGCUAUUUCUAGGACGUUCAGCAAACAUGUCCAAAAAACACACACACACAUACACACACACAAAGGAAGUUAUUCAACAAUAUCUAAAGCUGUAAAAAGAGGCAACUCUGAAACAAAUAAUAACGAAAGUGCUUCCUCAGUUCUUGUAAAGCAUCAUAAAGUUAAUGAACAAGAGAUUGUUUUUAGUGUCGAUAACCCAAUUACAUUCCAAACACUAUCAAGUUCAUCCCACAUUCAAAACAACUGUAUUGGUGGCAAAGACUGGAAAGCUGAGAUCCAUUCCGCUAAUGUCCCCAAAUGGUAAAAUAUAUCCGUUUAUCACAGCUUCAGACAAUAUAAGUGAUGUAUUAUCUGAUGGCUCAAAAAUAAAAACGAAGGCAUUUAUCAUUCGGG